AUCAUGCGGUGUCACCUGUUCGAGAGUCGAUACACUCUAUAUUAGAGUUAUUGAGUUAGAUUGAUUUGAUAUCACCGCUUUUCGGACUUCACGAAGCAUCACCAAAUUUCUCAAAGCUUCAGCUGAAAUGGAGUCGAACAGUUUUUGUGACGGCAAUGUUACCGACAUGAUUGACCGCCGAUCUCUUCACGCUCAACGUGAUAUUAGUCACAGUAUGCAAAUGCACUCAUCCUUGGUACGGAGACUUUCGCUUGAAAAGGAGUUGGAGGGGCAUACUGGUUGUGUUAAUGCUAUCUCAUGGAAUUCGUCGGGCUCACUCCUUGUUUCUGGAUCGGAUGAUGCUCGGAUCAACGUCUGGAGUUAUUCAGCGCACAAACUUUUGUCAUCUAUUGAGACAGGUCAUUCAACUAAUAUAUUCUGUACAAAAUUCAUUCCUGAAACUUCUGACGAGUUAGUGGUAUCUGGCGCUGGAGAUGCGGAGGUGCGGGUUUUUAAUCUGUCCCGACUAGGAGGAAUAGGAAUGGCUGGAUAUCCCACUUAUCCAUCCGCUCUUUUCAAGUGUCAUAGUAGGAGAGUAAAAAAGUUAGCUGUGGAGACCGGAAACCCAAAUGUUGUAUGGAGUGCAAGUGAAGAUGGAACCUUGAGACAGCAUGACUUUCGGGAGUAUGCAUCUUGUCCUCCUGCUGGAUCAUCUCAUCAAGAAUGCCGCAAUGUGUUACUUGACCUAAGAAGUGGAGCAAGGAAGUCAUUAGCUGAUACUCCAAGGCAGUUACUUGCUCUGAAAUCGUGUGACAUCAGCUCCACUAGAUCUCAUUUGCUUCUUGUGGGUGGAAGUGACGCAUUUGCUCGCUUAUAUGAUAGACGAAUGCUACCAUCACUAUCGUCUUCCAGCAAGAAAUUGGGUCCACCUCCAUGUGUCAACUACUUUUGUCCAAUGCAUCUAUCUGAUCGUGGUCGUUCAAGCCUGCACCUCACUCAUGUUGCAUUCAGUCCUGAAGGAGAUGAAGUGCUCCUCAGUUACAGUACCGAACAUGUAUACCUAAUGGAACUGAACCAUGGGAGUGGAAAUAUCAGACAAUACACCAAAGAAGAUAUUUCAAAGUUGACAAGUUACACUCCCACACUCAAUGGAGUUGAAUUAGAGUCAUUGUCAUCUUCCCCACAUUUGAAUGGGAUGUCCUCAAAGAGUAGUUCUGUUAACAGGCUUGAUAAGUGUAGAAAGUUAGUUCAGUAUGCUGAAAAAUGCUUAUACGAGGAGAAAGCCUAUUUUUAUGGAAUUGAGGCUUGUAAUGAAGUGCUAGAUGGUUAUGGAAGUGAAAUUGGACCAGUGCUAAUGCAUGAAUGCUUAUGCGUUCGUGCAGCUUUAUUGCUUAAGCGCAAGUGGAAAAAUGAUGCUUAUAUGGCCAUAAGAGAUUGUUAUGCAGCACGGAAGAUUGAUUCUUAUUCUCUCAAGGCACUCCACCUGCAAUCUGAAUCAUUGUUGCAGUUGGGAAAGAAUGCUGAAGCUUUGAACUUUGCUCUUGCUGCUCAAAAUUUAGCACCACAUGAUCCUGCAGUUGCAGAAACUGUGGAGAAUAUCGUAGCUCAACUUUCUGCAGCUGAAGCUGAAAACAGUUUCAAGGCAAAUGAUGUGGAGCCAAAGUCUGAUCAUCGAGCUCUAUCAUUGAGUGACAUACUAUAUCGCUCAGAGGCAAAUAGUGAUGCCUCUCAAGAUGGUCCAAGGUCUGAAAGAGAUGAUUCUGAUCAUGAUGAGGAAUUGGAAUUUGAAACAUCAGCAUCAGGCAAUGAAGGACAUGAAGUUAACCCCAACAUUCUCCAUGGCAGUUUAAAUAUGAGAAUUCAUAAAAGAGGUGAUAUGGCUUUGGAGAAAGGUCGUGCAAAUGGCUCUUCGAGUUCACCUUCAUUAUCUUCUCGUAGUAACAGAGUUAGUUACAAGCCUGAAGCAGCUGUAGAUAUGAAGCAGCGAUAUGUGGGCCACUGUAAUGUGGGAACUGAUAUCAAACAAGCUAGUUUCCUUGGUCAGAAAGGUGAAUAUAUUGCCAGUGGGAGUGAUGAUGGAAGAUGGUUUAUCUGGGAGAAAAAAACAGGUAGAUUAAUAAAAAUGCUUACAGGAGACGAAGCUGUUGUGAACUGUAUUCAGAGCCAUCCAUAUGACUGUGCUGUGGCUACAAGUGGAAUCGAUACAACCAUAAAAAUCUGGACUCCAACUGCUUCAGUCCCAUCUAUUGUUGCUGGUGGAACUGGAGGACCCGAGAAUGAUAACAUAUUGGAUACAAUGGAAAAUAACCAGCGUAAAUUAUGCCGUACCCGUGGAUCUAUACUACCCUUUGAGCUUCUAGAGCCGUUUCGGAUGCGUGAUUUAGCCGAUGGAAGCCUGCAUCCAUUUGAGUGUGCCCAAAGUUAAAUAUUGACAUGCAAGGCUGCAAAAUCUGGCCCAUUAAAAAAGAUAGAUGUGCGAGUGGGGCUAGUGAAGAAGAGGCAGAUAUGUAUGGGGGAACAAAUUUGGACUUCUUUUUUUUUUUUUUUGUAAGGGAUGAGUUUCAUGAAAACUAGUACUUUGUUGGUUCGUUCUUUAUGUGGUAGAACUUUGUCGGUUUGUUUUUUAUGUGGUAGUACUUUGUCGGAUUGUUCUUUAUGUGGUAGUAUUUUGUCGGUUUGUUCUUUAUGUGAUAGUACUUUGUUGGUUCGUUCUUUAUGUGGUAGUACUUUGUUGGUUUGUUCUUUAUGUGGUGUAAAUUACAUGUCUUGGAUUCUUACUGUUUUACCCACGAAGUUUGGUCUUGAGAAAGGAAUAUAUAUGGUACAGCUGAAGAAGGUUUUGAGUUCUUUCAAUCUGUUCUUGUUUUGACAUAUUAUUAUAGUUAAAUAUUUACGGAGUUCAAUAGGUAUGAUUAA